GUUUUUUCUUCUUUUACAGGUGAUUAGAAGACAACUAGAAAAUUACUUUGGUCGAAUGGAUUAAAAUAUGGAUUGUAUCGACUUUGGUGUCAUAUGGUGAUACACACGACAGUACAAUGACGUCAUGACGUCACCAGCGCCAUCCAGGAGCCCCAUCAGAUCUCGAAGUCAAGCCAGUAGACGUACUAGAGCAUCUAUUCAAUCGGAUUGUCCUCCAGAAGCAGAUCCAGAUCCACCUGGUGAAUCUGGUCCUGGAUUAGGACAAAGAAGUGCAUCUCUUACGACUCUUCAGCCAGCCGUUAGACCGCCGAGAAUGGCACAGUUGGAGACGCUAGAAGCGAAGAUGGCCAGUAUAGAAGUGUCCCUUUCCAGUACACCGCGCAGAAAAAAAGUUAGUCCGAUAUCUUUAAAUUCUUCAAUACGAUCUAUACCAAAAGAAAUGGCCGCCAAAGAACUGGAGAAUUUAAGAAACGCGCUUAGGGAUAAGGAGAAUAUAAUUCAAAGCUUAAAAGGUCAGCUUACCGUGCCAGGAUUAAGACUAAAUGCCAUUUUGAAUGGUAACAACAACAAUAAUAAUAGUAACUGUACAAAUAAUAGGGAACUAACAGAAGUAGAAAAGAAACAGGCUGAAGAUAGACUAGGAAGAUUAAAGACUGAUAUCGACAACAAAAGAUUAGCAAUUAAGAAUUUAAAAAUGGCUUUAGAAAGACUGGACAUUACAGACAACAUUGAUGUUCGAAUUCAGCAGGCUGAACUAGAAUAUCAACUAGGCAGAGAAGAACUUAAUCUACUAACAUUACUGGAAGAGACGAGAGCUCUUCAGUUAUGUAUAGAAGAAUCUAAUAGGAAUUCAGCUGAGGCGAACACUUUGUACAGCUGCGUGGAUGGUGACCAAUAUGUGAUAAUAAAGGCUAUUAGACUAGAUUACGACGUCAAGAGUCCUAAGUUUGCUUUUGGGCCUAAGGAGAAAGUACCUGGACUUUGGAUAGAAUGGGCUUUGGAGGAAACUGACUUACAUAAAGAUGACAGAUUGAUUGAAGUUAAUGGAAAAAUUGUUUUAACCAAAACACGCGACGAACUUGCCAGACUACUAGCUGCAGCUCCCGAUCCAGCUCAGUUAGUAAUUUUAAGGAAAAUCACCGAAAAUGGCAACCCUAGUCCUCCAGUAUCCAAUACGGCAUCUCAAGAAGUGGCAGCGUUGCGAUCAGAACUUGAGCACGUCAAAGAACGAGCCGACGAGGCUCAAAGAAUGAAGGACGGCCUGAAAUCUGACAACAUUCGAUUGACUCAUCGGAUAUCAUACCUGGAAGAACAGGUUUCUGACCUCUUGAACAGGAAAUCUGAGCCAGAAUCUCGCAUUACUUCACCCAAUCCAUCCAUUUCCAAGUCGAAUCAAAAUGUAACGAACAUCAGUAUAACCUCUCAACAUUCACCAGUCUCCACGCAUUCAUCAAAUCACUCAAACGAUGUCCAAGUAUUCCAAAAAGGUCCACAAGUCACAACUUUAGUUUCCAACGUACCUAACAUCGAAUGUAAAGACAAUAUCAUGAUGAGAUCAAAAAGUAGUCUUUCCAAUGUAUCCAGUACACAUAUCCCGGCACCAAGUCCACAACCUGACUACCAUUGUCAUAGAAAUCAUCGCCAUAAGUCACCAAGGAAAACUUCAGCAAGUCGAGAUGGUCUGGACCAAAUGGACAAGAUCACGUUCAGAAAACACCAUCAUCAUAGGGAUAAAGAUUAUAAUUCUGAAACAAACUCCAAUGCUGACCGUAGAUAUAACAGAAGAAACCACGAAAACAGGUAUUCGGCUGACUUCUCUAGAACCACUUCUGAAAAAGAAUAUGUUUCUAACGACGUAGUAGAUCAGAGUUACAAAAAAGCUACCAAGAUCGUUCACGAGCUGACCAGAGGAAAUAAAGAGCUAAGUUUGUACGAGAAACACCGUCAAAAAUGUAUUACUGCUUCGGAAAAGUACGAUGCAGACAUUUUGAAGCAUUAUAACGCCAGGAAAUCUACUUCAGUGCUAGACUUCCGAUCAGAAGUCCAUAUCGGCCCGAAAUAUUACGAUUCUCGAAGUGUUGAAGACUUGGAUGCACCAGAAAGCCCUUCAAAAGGAUUGAAUAGAUUGUUUAAGAAGAUUCAGAACACUCGCAGUGUGAAAUCUUUGGAUUUUGACAGUGAUUGCAACUCUACUUCCACAAGAAACGGAUACAAAAGUACUGAUUAUGGUUCGGAAAUAGAUAAGAGAAAACCUCCCCAUAUUCAUAGUUAUUAUGAAAACUCUAAGCCCAGACCAACACCACCCAAGAAACCACUCAGGUUGUCCUUGCACAAAACUCACAGUUUACAAUCAGUUGAUUCGUCAAACACCACACCUGGUGAUCCGUAUGGGAAAAACGAGUCACGAAAAAGAAAUCACAAAGGCCAAACGCAGAUAUAUAUUCAGGAAAAAGGUUUAGAGAACGGUGAUAUGAACGGUUUUAAGGAACAGAUUAAGUGGAACAAUUACAAACGUGCUAUAGAGAAUGGUAUUGAUCAAGGAACUUGGUGUUGAAAUCUAUUUUAUUUUAAGUUUAUAUUGCUGUAAAAAUGUUACUUUUUAAUGAUAAAUAAUGUUUAUAUUGCUUUAAAAGCAUAGUUUUGUGACUGAAGAAAUUGUAACAGUA